AUGCAUCUCUCUUUCUCUCUCUCUUUCUCUCUCUCUUUCUCUCUCUCUCCAUUUCCCUCUCUUUCUCUCUUUCUCUUUCUCUCUCUUUCUCUAUUUCUCUCUCUUUCUUUCUGUCUCUCUCCAUUUCCCUCCCUCUUUCUCUCUCUUUCUCUCCUUCUCUCUCUCUUUCUCUCCCUUUCCAUUUCUCUCUCUCUUUCUCUCUCAUUCUCUCCCUUUCUCUCCCUCUUUCUCUCUCUUUCUCUAUCACUCUUUCUCUCGCUUUCUCUAUCACUCUUUCUCUCUCUUUCUGUCUCUCUCUCCCUUUCUCUCCCUCUUUCUCUCUCUAUUUCUCUCUCUCUGUCUAUCUUUUCUUCAUCUUUUCUUUUAACUUCUAUUUUCUCCCUGUUAUUUUUACAUUUUUACCCAUAUUUCUCAACCCGUUUCUUUGCUUUUUCUUCCUUCUUUUCUCAAAUUUUAUUUAUAUUUUUCUUCUUCGUCUUUUUUUCUUUUUCUGCAUUAUUUCCUACUUUUCUUUUUUCCUUUAAUUUUUCUUUUUCCUUUUCCUUAGUUAUUUUUUCUUCCCCUAAUGAGAUUGAUUUAUUUUUUCUUCCCAUUACGUUUCUUUCUUCAUAUUGGUUUCUUUCAUUAUAUUCAGGCUUUUUUAAACAAUAUUUACUCUCACUUCUUUUUAUCCUCUUAUUCUUUUCAUUCUUAAUGCUUCUUCUUGUCUACGUUUUUAACUUUAUUCUUUCUCUUUUAUUUCCUUUUUAUCUAAUUUCUCCUGUUUUUUUUUCCUUUCUGUUUUUCCUUGAUUUUUUUUUUUCUUUUUUACUUUUUCGGCUAAAUCUUUUCUUUUAA